AACGGAAGUCUACAUGAUAAACAAUCCAUGGCCAUUUAGCAUAAUAGCUGAGUGAGAAAUGAUACGGAGGAUUCAAGAGAAAGGAACAGCUUAACCUGCCUCGCAGGGUGUAGAGGAGUAGUCUCGUACAGCAAAACCGCAAGAAUAGACCUUAAAGGUUUUAGUUCAGCAUAGAUGUGGAACAGAUUCUUCCCCCGUGUGAAUGGCUGAAAUCGCGGUCACGUUUACGUUCUAAGCGUGGCGAGGAAACUGCACGUGCCUCGGGCCUUGGAAAGGGGAAAAAACAACAAAAAAGGAAGUAGAAUGCCUCGUAAAGGACGGAAAAGGAAGGCAGCUGCCCCUGCAGUAAAAGCUGCAAAGUCCAAUGGGGCUGACCAGUCUCCCAAGAAACUGAAGAAGAGUGAGGGAUAUGGCCCUCAUGUGGUGAUUGAACACUGUAAAAGCUGACGCGUUUAUGGGCGCCAUGCUGAUGCUGUUGGCCAAGCCUUGCACCAGGCAUUUCCUGACCUCACCAUGGAGAUCAACCCCAAGAAGCCACGCAGAAAUAGCUUUGAGGUGGUUCUACUGAAAGGGGAUGGCACAAAGGUGGAGUUAUGGAGCGGCCUUAACAAGGGGCCACCACGCAAGCUAAAGUUUCCAGAACCAAACAAGGUGGUUGAAAGUCUGAAGGGCAGCUUUGAAUAAUGAACAGGAUUGUCAAAGGACAUCAUCCCCUGUGAGUUGGAGCAUUUAUGAUGGGGUAUGACUAAAUGGGGUAAAUUGCAAACCUCAGUCAUUUCUCUGAAGUCGUUGCUCUUCCUUCACAAACAAGAUGUUCCAGAUAAUGCUGUUUCCCAUCUUCUUACUUUCAGGUCUUUUUGCUUGAGAAAUUUUCAAUAAAGUUCAACUUUGUAAUGUAAUGAUA